CCUGUGUAACUCAUGGGUAACCGAGCUCUCAUUUUUAUCUCAUUGACGCGCGAAACCUCACUCUGUUGUUUUUUCUAGGUUGCUGCCUUGCUGGUUGUAGUCUUGUAGAGAGUGAGGGCUGAAGCAUCUCUUGUUGUACCAUGGCUUCUCGUCCUUCGAAGCGUCUUCGUAAGAACCAGAGUGAAGACGAUUCAACUGAUGCUUCUCUCGAUAAGAGCUUGCCUCUUGUGGUCUUCGCCCAUGGCGCUGGAGCUCCUUCUACUUCAGAUUGGAUGAUAAGAUGGAAGAACAUGCUAGGCAAGACAUUGCAUGCUGUUGAAGUAGUUACUUUUGACUAUCCUUACAUCUCUGGCGGGAAACGGAAGGCACCUCCCAAGGCAGAGAAGUUAGUUGAGUAUCAUUUGGAUGUGGUCAAAAAGGCUGUUGCAAAAUACCCCGGCCAUCCACUAAUUUUGGCAGGGAAAUCUAUGGGUUCAAGAGUCAGCUGCAUGGUAGCUUGUAGUGAAGAAAUCGAUGUUUCAGCAAUAGUUUGCUUGGGCUAUCCGUUGAAGGGUAUGAAUGGAGCUGUCCGAGAUGAGACAUUGUUGCUACUCAAGAUUCCUGUGAUCUUUGUACAGGGUAGCAAAGAUGGACUCUGUCCACUAGGUAAUCUGUCUGCAGUUUGCAAGAAGAUGAAAUCCAUCAAUAAAUUGCAUGUGAUUGAUGGUGGAGAUCACUCCUUCAAGAUUGGAAAAAAACACCUACAAUCAAAUGGAUCAACCCAAGAUGAAGCUGAGGACAAGGCAGUCAAGGCAAUUGCAGAGUUUGUUGGUGAAACUCUGAAGAGUAAGUGAUGUCCUGUAACUCCUGUCCUUCUGAGACAUGCAUCUUUUUUGUAUCACUCGAGACUUUUUGAUAUUUUUAUCUCACUUUGGUAGCCUAUGUAAAUAUUUCCUUAUGUUGGAAUAACGUUGGAUAUUCAUGGGUAGUUUAUUAAAGAUUGUAUCGAUGUAUUCUAUUGUGGUACUGCUGAAGAAAUUGGACAUGACCUGAACUUAACAGCCAUAUAGGAAUCAAAGAACUGUUGUCCA